AUGUUCGGCAACCACAAAUAUGCCUUCUUGUCCAACCUGUUCCCAAUCGCCAAGAUACGCAACACUGUCAAACGCCGCGAAAACUCGAAUACCUGGAUUCUCGAGGACCCUGUCGAAAAAGGCUCCAAGAUGGACUUGGUCUCAUGGAUUUUGGGGAACUGUGACUACGAUCAAGACACGAAGAUCUACAUCGACCCGGAAAAUCGCGAGAGGUCCAUAUCAGCCAGACAAGCGCGGGCCACUGUCAGGCAGUUCGUAGCAGGCUGGAAGGCUGUAGGCUUGAAGCCAGGAGACUGCGUGUGCGUGCAUGCGUUCAAUGAUAUAAUGUAUACCAUGCUUUUCCUUGGCAUCAUCGGCGCCGGUGGGCGGUUCACAGGCUCGAACCCGGGAUACACACAUUUAGAGCUUAGGCACCAUAUUCAGAGCACCAGAGCUCGCUUUCUGAUUACAGAAUACGAACUUCUCCCCGUAGUCGCCCAAGUGGGAGAGUAUGGCGUGCCAGCUUGCAAUGUGUUCGCACUGGAGACAAAGUCUCAUUAUGUCACCAAAUCAUAUUGCAACUCCGUCCAAGAGCUCUUGAACCAUGGCGAGCGCGAUUGGGUGCGGUUUUCGAGCGAGGAAGAAGCAAAGAAUACGACAGCUGCUUUGCUUUCUACCAGUGGGACCACGGGACUACCGAAAGCGGCCAUGAUCUCACACCACAGCUUCGUGAUGCAGAGUAUCAUGCUGGAAGAUGGCAAGGAAAAACCAUACAAGGUAUCUCGGUUAAUCAGUCUGCCGGAGUUCCACGCCUUCGCCUUUCCACUUGCACACAUCGCGCCGCUUCGAGAAGGUGUACCGACCUACAUAAUGCGCCGCUUCGAGCAGCAGAGGUACUUAUCGAUCAUUCACCAGUAUGAGAUUACCGAGACGCCUUUGGUACCAGUGAUACUGAACGCACUCAUGAAAGGAGAAGCAACGACAAGGGAACUGCUAGCCUCACUCCGUCUGGUCUGGUGUGCCGGCUCGCCGUUGGAUGAGAGGGCUCAAGAUGCGUUCUUUCGCAUCUUAGCACCGGCUGCGAGGGUGGUGCAGGUUUGGGGAAUGACGGAAUCUGGAUGGAUCACAACUUUUCUCUGGCCUGAUACAGACCAUACCGGCAGUGUGGGCAAAUUGCUGCCAGGAAUGGAAGCCAAACUCGUCGCCCAAAAUGGUAGCAUCGUUGAUCGAGACGAAGAACAAGCUGAGAUCUACGUCAGAGGACCACUCGUCAUGCAAGGUUAUCUCGGCAACGCUGAAGCCAGUAAAGGCAUGAUAGACGCUGAAGGUUGGUUGAAAACGGGCGACAUUGGAUACAAGGACGGAGGCAAAUACUACAUCGUUGACCGGUUAAAGGAGAUGAUCAAGGUCCGUGGCUGGCAGGUUUCACCGGCCGAACUACAAGCAGUCCUUAUGCUGCACCCCGACAUCUUGGACGCUGCGGUCAUCGGAAUUCUCCACCCCAAAGAUGAGACGACCGAGACCCCUCGAGCCUACGUCGUCAAAGUACCUGGUAGCGACGUUGACCUGGCCGACAUCAAGAACCACAUGUCCAACUACCUGGCAAGAUACAAGAGCCUAGACGGAGGCGUUGUAUUCGUCGACUCGAUCCCCAAAAACCCUGCCGGCAAAAUCUUGAGAAAAGUACUCAAAGAGCGCGCAAGGUCAGAGCUGCAAUCGGCCCGAUCAACAUCAAAGCUGGCUCAAAGCUGGAAGCUGUUCAUCAAAGCCACCGAACUCCUUUACGAACACUGGCGGGCCAUGUCCAUGUCCAUACCUAGCCCCGCGACGACAACGGAUUCCGGCAACAACGAGACCGGCUCCAGCAACCUUGCAUCGCCCACCACGGCAAGCUCCGUAUACAGCGACGUCGAAGGCGAGAUGGACUGCAGCAGCAAGUCCCACGCUCAAAGUGAUGGGAUUGUUCUCAACCCCAAAGACUUCGGCCCCAGAACCCGCAUGCUGGCUCCCGUGGAUACCUGGCUCCUCGGUAUCAAAAUCCCGGGAUCGUUCGAUCCCUUACCCGCAACGAAUGACAGAAACAUGGCCAAAGACCCCGACUUGACGGCUCCGACACGGGUUUUGGAAGCCGUGUAUGACUGUGUACAGGGGUAA